GUAAACGAGAGAAGUUGCCAUGUUACCAGACAGUGGAAAAUAUUUUGUUGAAUAAUAUACAGAACUAAGUCUGGUACCAUGUCACCUCAUAUAGGAAUGGAUGCGGAAAUGAGACAGUAUUUCUAUGAAACUCUCAUAAUGAUACUCUCCUAAAAGCCUCCCACGCUUCCUUUUUUCCAAUAAAAACUAAGCAGCAUUUGAGUACUGAAACCUUUAUUCCCAUUUUACUGGAACGUAAACAAAGAACAUUAACAAUGUACUAGUCAGAAAAAAAGUGUUUUAUAACCGAAAACAAAUAUUUGCCAAGAGCUGUAAAUUGCUUUAAUCGCUUAAACUGGAGACUUCAGUGUGAUUUUUAGCAGAUUACCAAGCUCCUUAGUUAUAGAACAUUCAAGGCAUAGAAAAGUGUUUUUCUUACAAAGCACAACUGAAAUGUAGUUUAACUAAUGGUUUACAAUUCAGUCAACUACCAAAGCUGCAAACCAUUUAGGGAGUCAUCAAUUACAUAAUUUGUACACUUUCAAAAAGCUUACAGCUGGGAUGGGUUGUUUUCAAAGCAUGGCUGCUUUAAAAUGAUCAUAUUCAUUAGCCUGCCACCUAGGAAGCAUUAAGCGUUUACUUGCGGAAUGAACGAGCGCGUUGUCUUGUGUUACGAAGUAUAGAAUAUAGUUCAUUUUAGUUUCUUCAUUCGCAGACAAUCAGGCUCAUUUCACGUGACUGCUUGCACUUAGAACUCAGUUAUCACGGGGUAGGAACUCUCCAACAUCGUCGUCAUAGGCCAAGAGAUGCCCGUGAACAGCCAUGAAAGUGCCAGUCAGGGAAGGAUGCAGUGCUUUGUUUUACAGUUGUCGGAUAGAGGCACAGGAUCAUUUCACGUUGUUGAGGAGAAAGGAGAAACAGCCUCCUCCCACCUUGUUAAAAAAAGAGAUUUAAAAAAAUCUCUAAUUUCCUCGAAGUACGGAAUCUCAAAAGAGGUAGCUCUAAGGAGAAUCCCUCUGGGUUUGAGUGCAUUCCUCUUCCAGGGGGCCUAUUCCAUUCUUGGACUGCUUUCCUUAACAGAGAAAUCUCUGAGCCAAAACUCGGCCUCCCCCAACUCCAUCCUGUCGGCCCCACUUUUCUGCUCCGGAGACUUCCAGGCCAGUCCCCACUCCUCCUUCAGUCAGUCGGGCCCGCACCCGCGGCCGGCAGGACCAGCCCUCUCCUCCCCCUGCGUGGCGCAGCACAGGCCCGGAGCGCGCGACCCCAGGCCCUGGGCGCCCCGCCGCAUGCUCGCGGCUGGGAGCGCCUGUUCGCGUGGCCCUUCGAGUUAUUCCGCUAAAGAGCCGCCGCGUCGCCCCACCUCGGCGCGAAUCUGAAAGCGUUUUCGGGGGAGAAGAUGUUGGGGGCACUGGUCUGGAUGCUGGUAGCCGGCUUCCUGCUGGCGCUGCCGCCGGGCUGGGCCGCGGGCGCCCCGAGGGCGGGCAGGCGCCCGGCGCGGCCGCGGGGCUGCGCGGACCGGCCGGAGGAGCUCCUGGAGCAGCUGUACGGGCGGCUGGCGGCCGGCGUGCUCAGCGCCUUCCACCACACGCUGCAGCUGGGGCCGCGCGAGCAGGCGCGCAACGCGAGCUGCCCGGCAGGGGGCAGGCCCGCCGACCGCCGCUUCCGGCCGCCCACCAACCUGCGUAGCGUGUCGCCCUGGGCCUACAGAAUCUCCUACGACCCGGCGAGGUACCCCAGGUACCUGCCCGAAGCCUACUGCCUGUGCCGGGGCUGCCUGACCGGGCUGUUCGGCGAGGAGGACGUGCGCUUCCGCAGCGCCCCGGUCUACAUGCCCACCGUGGUGCUGCGCCGCACCCCCGCCUGCGCCGGCGGCCGGUCAGUCUACACCGAGGCCUACGUCACCAUCCCCGUGGGCUGCACCUGCGUCCCCGAGCCGGAGAAGGACGCAGACAGCAUCAACUCCAGCAUCGACAAACCGGGCGCCAAGCUCCUGCUGGGCCCCAACGACGCGCCCGCUGGCCCCUGAGGCCGGUCCUGCCCCGGGAGGUCUCCCUGCCCGCGUCCCGAGGCGCCCAGGCUGGAGCGGUCUGGAGGGCUCGGUCGGCGACCUCUGAAGAGCGCGCACCGAGCAACCAAGCGCGAGCAUCGGCGCCGCCUUUGCACGGAGACUCCUCUGACACGGGCAUCUCUGGUUGCUCUUAGCCACAGGCAAGCAGGGUGGCUGGAAGCUUAUGGGAGACGACCCGGCACGGCCACCUGUGUGCGGCCCGCACGGAGGGUUUGGAGAAGUGCACGGAGGAGCCUCCCAGGCCGGCUGCGGCGGGUACAGGGCGUGCCUCACCGCUGGGUGCUUGCCAAAGAGAUAGGGACGCAUAUGCUUUUUAAAGCCAUCUAAAAUAAUAAUAAGUAGAGCGACUAUAUACUUACUUUUAAAAUCAACUGUUUUGAAUAGAGGCAGAGCUAUUUUAUAUUAGCAAAUUAGAGCUACUCUGUUAACAUUUCUUACUUAACAUAUAAACUUUUUUUUUUUUACUUCUUCUGGUCGGAUUUUUUUUUUUUAAAAGCAUAAUUGGAAUCCUUGGAUAAAUUUUUUAGCUGGCACACUCUGGCCUGGGUCUCUGAAUCCAGCCUGUCACCGACGGCAGACUGAUAAAAUGGACAUGUCUGAUCUGACGCACUCUUCCUUCCACUGAAGGUCUUCACCGGCCUCCAGGUGGACAAAGGGAUGCACAGGCGGCUCGCAUGCCCCAGGGCCAGCUAAGAGUUCCAGAGAUCUCAGAGUUGGUUUUAUGAGUCAUGAGUACAGAAACAGUCUCAAACUUGUACAAUUUUUUUUUCCCUUUUGAAAGCCCCUGGGGCCAAUUUGUGGUUAAGAGGUGGUGAGAUAAGAAGUGGAAUGUGACAUCUUUGCCAGUUGUCAGGAAGAAUCCAAGCAGGUAUUGGCUUAGUUGUAAGAGCUUUAGGAUCAGGCCGAAUAUGAGGACAAGGUGGACCACGUUAGAAUCUGCAGGGAUCACUCUGGAGGCUUCUGUUUCUACAUUCUGCCACGAGAGCUAGGUCCUUGCUCUUUUCUUUAGAUUGAAAGUCUGUCUCUGAACACAAUUAUUUGUAAAAGGUAGAAGUUCUUUUUAAGUCAUUAAAAGAGUCUUGCUAAAGGA